UUUUUAUUCAGUUCUCUCCUAACAUUUAUCAUGCUUGUCACUUUGCUAUUACUUUGUCUGCAGAUUGCAGGGUUGGUUAACUGUGGAUAUGUGAGAGUUGCUGAAAUAACCCCUAUAUCGGAUUUGUUUGAUGAAUUCUGGGAUUGGAGGUUGGAGCGAAGCCCGGAGUUUAGCACAUUGGUUGGGAGCAGGGAGCAUAAUGAUAUACUGGAGCAGUUUACUGAAACCAGGUUUAAUGAAGAUUUGGCCUCAUGUCAGGAAUUUAAAAGUAGAGCGGAGGAACUGCUCAGUUCUACUACAGACCCAGAGCAAAACUUGAACCUUAGAUUUUUCAUUGCAGAGCUUCAAACCUUCAUCUCUGGGUUUCCCUUUACAGGAUUCUACUACCCUAUGAACUAUAUGGAAGGAGUUCAGGUGGAUUUGCAGAAGCUGAUAGAGUGGGGUCCACCAGAAACUAUCAAGGACUAUGAUGAUAUAAUCUCAAGAUACUCCAAAUUCUCUACUCUAGCUGAACAGAUUGUCGGUAUGAUGAGGAAAGGAAUGACUAUGAACCGAACCAACAAUGCAGUAUCCAUGGAGGGGGUUGAAGAACAGUGUAGAUCUCAUCUUGGAGAACCAAAGGAAACCAUAUUCUUUGAACCAUUCAAAACUUUAAACUUUACUGCAGAGGAAAACAGUAGACUUCAGGCAGAAGCUUACUCUGCCAUAGAAUCCUCUGUACAGUCUGGAUUCAUGAUACUAGCUGACUUCUUAUCUGCUGAAUAUGCUUCUGCUACAAGACCUGAAAUAGGAGCAUCAAGUGUGUCGCCAGAGUAUUACAAGGCUUGUCUUGCCUUCCACACCUCAACCAACCUGACUGCAGAGCAGAUACAUCAGAAGGGGUUAGAUGAGGUUGAAAGGAUUGAAGAAGAGAUGAGAGAGAUUGUCAAGGAGAUGGGACUUAAUCUCACCCUACCAGAGUUCAUUGAGAUGCUGAGGACUGAUGAGAACAACUUCUUUAACUCCCCCCAGGAACUAUUAGAUUCAUUCAAGGAUAUUAUUGAGAACAAGAUUGAUCAAGAACUCCUUCAAAUCUUUCAUUCAAAACCAACAACAAAACUUGAAAUAACAGAGGUCCCUGCUAACACCCCUGACGCCGCUGCUGCCUAUUAUAUUGCAGGAACUCCAGAUGGCACGCGACCAGGACGUCUGUAUGUAAACACACACAAGUACCAGAGCCAACCUAAAUAUGAGAUGAUUAGUCUAAGUCUUCAUGAAACCAACCCAGGGCAUCAUCUCCAGGGUUCCUAUAUGCUAGAGAGAACUGAAUGGCCUAUGUUCCGUAAAUCAAUGGAGGAUAGAAUAUAUUCCCAGACUCCUACCAGAUUCCCAAUAAACACAGCUUAUACAGAGGGAUGGGGUUUGUACAGUGAAUCUCUGGGGUUUGAUAUGGGACUGUACUCUAACCCAUUGGAUAGAUAUGGACAUCUUAGUGAGGAGAUAUUUAGAGCAUGUCGUCUUGUUGUAGAUACAGGUAUGCAUGCUCUAGGUUGGACAAGGGAGCAGGCUGUUGAGUUUAUGUUGACCCAUACAGCAGCUAGCAAGGAGAAUAUCAGGGGAGAGGUUAACCGCUAUGUAACCUGGCCUGGGCAAGCUACUGGAUACAAGAUAGGGCAGAUGAAGAUCAGAGAGCUAAGAGCUACAGCCGAAACCAAGCUAGGAGACAAGUUUAAUAUCAAGGAUUUCCAUGAGGUUGUUCUCCAGGCUGCAGGUCCUCUCUAUAUACUGGAGCAACAGGUUCAACAGUAUAUAGAUAACAAUAUGUAAACAAAUAAAUUUUUUUUGCUAGA